AUGCCUCACGUUAGUAAACGACGUUCUCAAAUUGAACAUAACAAUUUAAAAACGAAAUUUUCUACCGAAUCCCUCACGAAGACAAAACCGGAGAGUUCGUCCGGGGAUGAUGAAGAGGUUUUAAAAGGUGAAAGCUUCGAGUUUUCGGCUAAAGAAAUGAUUGACAAUGUUGGUGAUCUAUUUGCACUUUGUGCGAAAAUCGUCAACAUCAGACAUUUGAGUACACUGAUGUACAUUACUCUUCGUCAUUUGAAAUUUACGUAUAAAGAUGAUGAGUCGUUAUUGAAUUCAAUCGGUGCAAUGACGGCACAAAGCACCAACUAA